UUUCCAUUUAGCAUUAGCAAUGUCUCUCAUUGAAACAUUCUUCUCCAUCUUCCUAAUGCUCACUCUUCAACCAUCCACAAGCAUUGAAUUUUGCGAUGUUUUAUGUGGGAUUCAGCCGAUUCACUUCCCUUUCCGCCUCAACACCCAACCUAGUCGAUGUGGGUAUCACCGCUUCAAUCUCACCUGCAAAAACGAAACGCAAUCCACCCUUACGUUACCAUUUUCCGGUGACUUCACCGUCGUAAACAUCGACUACAUCUUCCAAAACAUACGAAUCAACGACCCCGGUCAUUGCACUCCAAAACGUCUUCUUCAGGGACUUAAUCUAUCGGGCACUCCUUUUGAAUUGCUACAUCCUCGAAGCUACACGGUUUUCAAUUGCUCCUCUGCUUCACCUACAGCACUAAAACUGACUGAAGCAAGGUUUAUUUCCUGUCUUAGCGGCACGAAUUCUUCGGUCGUGGCUGUACCGACUGAACGGCUUGAUUCGUCCACAUCAUUGACGGCGUCGUGUGCGGAGAUGGCAAAGGUUUUGGCUCCACUUUCAUGGACUGGUUGGUUGGAACAUGGUGAGGGUAUCAUGUUGACAUGGAAAGAACCUGAUUGCAGGUUGUGCGAAAGCAGGGCUGGGACUUGCACGUUCAAGAGUGAUAGAGGCAUGGAUGUCGGUUGUUCCGGUGGUUUUAGCAAUGGCCUUAGCAUUGAAGCUAAAUUUGGCAUAAUGUUUGGCGUGGGAAUACCCCUCUCGCUCAUACUAGGCCUAUUAAUUCACCUCAAGGUAGACCAUCGCCGCAAUGAUCAAAAUCCCAACCCGGAAGCAUCUUCGGUAGUCAAAGGUCUUGAUGGGCAGACCAUCGACUCAUAUCUGAUGACACUGCUUGGCGAAAGCCGGCGAUUAGCGAGGCAAAGCGAUAACACUUGCUCUAUUUGUCUUUGUGAGUACCGAGCUAAAGAGACAUUAAGGACUAUUCCAGUUUCCCUCGCCGGAGGGAACCGGCAGCCUAUGCCACCGUACUCGGUGCCGAUCACCGCCGCCGGCCACCGUUCACGGUGGCCGGAAUUUACAAAUACUAAGCGUAGAUCUAAACGUCCUAAGGAUCCGGGCAGCGCAGCUGAACGUCUGGAAGCAACGCUGCCACGUGGUUGUUCUGGAAUCUUGGAGGCGGUUGGGGAUCACUAG